CAGUUACUGUAGAGAGACUGGAACAGACGGGGAGAAUCUAAGGGAGAAAGCGAGUUUGACGCUUACUCAUUCCAUAGAGAACCGUACGGAUAGCGGUGAUAAAUAACAUUUUUUUUGGUUGCUUGCUUUAUUUCCUAACCGAGUGCUAAAUAACUUAAUAUUUUACCCCAACUGCGAAAAAUAUCAAGAAAAACAACAAAAGACGGAACGCUGGACCCAAGUAGCUGCAAUCGUUUUAGGCUGGGUCCUCCAGUCCUCCCAAGGGGAGCGAAACCGUCUAAAUGAAAAUGAAGACGAUUGAUGAGCCUCCCUACUUGCCUGUUGGCACUGAUGUCAGUGCAAAAUAUAGAGGAGCUUUCUGUGAAGCCAAGAUAAAGACUGCCAAGAGACUUGUCAAAGUGAAGGUAACCUUUAAGGAAAAUGCCUCAACUGGGGAAGUGCAAGAUGAUCACAUCAAAGGGCCUCUAAAGGUAGGAGCACUUGUAGAAGUGAAAACUCAAGAUGGAACAUAUCACGACGCCAUAAUUAACAAAUUAACAGACGCCAGUUGGUACACUGUGGUAUUUGAUGAUGGAGAUGAGAAAACUCUGAGGCGAUCAUCACUUUGCUUAAAAGGAGAGCGCCACUUUGCAGAGAGUGAGACUUUAGAUCAGCUGCCUCUUACAAACCCGGAACAUUUUGGUACACCAGUAAUAGGCAAGAAAUCAAACAGAGGGAGGAGAUCUAAUCAUGUUCCUGAAGAGGAGUCUUCAUCAUCCUCCAGUGAAGAUGAAGACGGAGAGCGACGCCUGAAUGAUGAGCUUCUUGGUAAAGUAGUGUGUGUGGAGUGUACAGCAACAGAUAAGAAGAAAACCACUUGGUAUCCAGCCCUGGUUAUCUCUCCAGAUUGCAAUGACGAGGUGGCUGUUAAAAAGGACUACAUUCUUGUUCGUUCAUUUAAGGAUGGAAAAUUUAAUGUGGUUUUAAGAAAAGAUGUCAGUGAAAUCAACAAUGAAAUGAUUCCAAAAGUUGAUGGUGCAAUGAAACAAGCUCUGGAUCAAGCCCUGGAAUUUUUUAAAAAUGAGACAGUUCCCAGUAACUGGAGGACUGAACUGAAAGGAGAUAGCUCCAGCAGUGAAGAAGAUGAAGAGGAAGGUGGUGAAGAAGAUGUGGAUGCAGAUGCUAGUAGUGAAGAGGAGGAAGAGGAGGAAGUGGAACCUUUCCCAGAUGAGAGAGAGAACUUCUUACAACAGCUGUACAAGUUUAUGGAAGACAGAGGAACUCCAAUCAACAAGCGCCCAGUGCUAGGUUACAGAAACCUGAAUUUGUUCAAGUUAUAUCGAUUAGUGCACAAUCUGGGGGGCUUUGAUAAUAUUGACAGUGGCUCGGUAUGGAAACAAGUUUAUCAGGAUCUGGGAAUCCCUGUGCUCAAUUCAGCAGCUGGAUACAAUGUCAAAUGUGCUUACAGAAAAUACUUAUAUGGAUUUGAAGAGUAUUGCAAAUCAACUGGGAUUAAAUUCCAGAUGGCCCUUCCAGAGAAAAUAGCAGGAAAACCAAGAAAACAUAUAGAGGAGGAAGAAACACAGGUGGAGAGUUUGUCUCUUAAGCCAGAACCUAUCCCAAUCAAGCUGCAGGAGGAAGAAGCAGAGGGGGUAGAGGAUGAGAAGGAGGAGGAAGAGACAUUUAUUGAGCCUGAGCAAGAAAUCACAAAAGAAUUAAACCUCCCAAAGGUGGAAAAAAUAAAUGAGGAGGAGGAGGAAACUGACGGAAACAUCAAAAAUACUGAGACCCCAAUGUUGAAUGUUGAAAAGGAGGAACAUCAAGAGGAGGGAAGACAUGCAGAAACAUCUUCAGAUAAAUUAGAUGAUUCCUUAUUAGAAAAUGUGAAAGAGGAGGAAGAAAAGGAAAAUUUUAGGGAUGAGAGCUUUAAGGCUGGGGAAGGAGGGGAGGAGGAGGAGGAGGAGGAGGAGGAAUUUGAGUGUUACCCUCCAGGGAUGAAGGUCCAGGUGAGGUAUGGGCGGGGGAAGAACCAGAAGCUGUACGAAGCCAGUAUUAAGGACUCGGAUCUUGAGGGGGGAGAGGUGCUGUACCUGGUGCACUACUGUGGCUGGAAUGUGAGGUAUGAUGAGUGGAUAAAAGCUGACAAAAUUGUACGACCAGCUGAUAAAAAUGUACCAAAAAUUAAACAUAGAAAAAAAAUAAAGAACAAAAUUGACAAAGAAAAGGAUAAGGCUGCAAACCCAGACACAGAGGACCUUCUAAUUUCUAAAAACAGCCUCAUUCGAAGGCUGUCAAAGUCCUCUGUGGGUAGUAUUACAUCAGAUAGCUUCUCAAAGCUGGAUGGCAGUGAAGGCGCUGAAAAUGAUGUACACGCUGUCAGAUCCUUACAGUUGACAGAUGUCAUCAAUGGGCUACAAGGUUCUGAGAGCUCAGGAGAAGAGAGUGAGCAUGAAGAUGACUAUGAUGAAGAUGAAGAGGAGGACAAUGAUGAUGGGCAGCAGCUUGUCAAAGCUCAACAACAAGCAAACAGUGAACAGAAUCAGAUUGAGCCACUUGGAUGCUCUCAUCCUUUUGAAAGAUGGGAAAUAAUUACUCCAUUAAAUGACUGCAGGUCAACUUCUGAAAAAGAUCAGGACCACGGGCACCCAUCAGUUCCUCAACAUUCUUUAAAGACAGACACUUGUGAGCAGUUGGGGAAUUUAGAUGCUGAAAGGGAGGAGAAAAGGAAAUGGGAAGACAGAAGGGAAUUGCCACCAAAACCUCAGCUGAAGCGCAAGUGUAGAAGCAGCGGAGCCAGUGAGUGGCUCAGGGGAGCCUCCCCUGAAAGGUCAGGAGAGUGUGCUAAAGCCAGUGCCAUUAGCUUGGGGUCCAGCAGCAGCAGCAGUGGGAGUAGUAGUAGUGAUGAUGAAGAGGACAAACAGCCGCAAGUGAAAGAAAUAGAAAAUAAUAAAGUUAAAAGUACUCCUUCUAAAAAGCAUAAUGGACUUGAGGAAAAGAGGAAAUGUGUUCGCCCAGCUGGAUUCUGGGAUGCAAUGGAGAAAAGACCCAAGCUCCUCAGUAAUUCUGAAGAUAGACUGCAAAAUAGUCGAUCCAAGGGGCAGAAGGAUGUUUGGUCCAGUAUCCAGGGUCAAUGGCCAAAGAAAACACUGAAGGAACUUUUUUCUGACUCUGACACAGAGGCUGCCAAUUCCCCUCCUUCAGAAGAGUUUAAAAAAGAGCCAUUACUUGAGGAGAAAAUUGAAAAGGUCCCAGUUGAAGGGAAAUCCAUUGUUGAAGAAAGAGGUGAUAAAAGAGUGGAAUUUCCUAGUAGCGGCAGUAACUCUGUUCUUAACACCCCUCCUACCACCCCAGAAUCCCCUUCACUUUCAGUGAGCAGGGUAGAACCCGAUAGGACUCUGGCUAUAUCUCCUCCCCCAACCCUUGAUCCCCCUCCACCACCACCUCUUUCCAUUGGUACGGGGUCAUCAACACUUCCCCACCCACCUGUGCAGGAAGAGAGUGUGGAAGGCCGUAGUGAGACAGACAGUAGUACUGUGGAGGUUGAGAGCCUUGGUGGAGAACUACAGGAGCUACAGUCAGAGGGUGGUGCCUCACCUGUGGCAUUUGACACCAGUUUGUCUUCAAGUAGCAACAGCAACAGCAGUGUUAACAUUACCAAAAGUAUCAGCAGCGGAAGUCCACCUGGGGGGAUAGAGAACCGGGAGAAAGGAAGUCAGAAAAGGCUAAAGGAGGUACAGGGGGGUGGCCCAGCCAAGAAGUUAAAGAGAAGCCAAAAAAAUACUGCAGCUCACCACAAAAAGAGUAGAAAAUCAACUCAGACAAGUGACAGUGAAGAUCAAUCUGCUGGUGAAAACCCCACCAAACUCCAGCUUACCAAGGCAGCUGUGAGCCUGAAAUGUCUAUCUCAGGCCAAGUGCACCAGUCGAUUAAAUUUACCUGGAAAAUGUAGCAAGCAUCAUGAUCUGGAGCAUAAGGAAUUGAAUAUGCAGACCCAAAGGGCCUAUAAAUGGAGUUUUCAGAUGGCUGAACUAGAGAAGAUGUCAAGUGUUGACCGCAUAGCAUUUCUUCAAGACAAGCUACAAGAAAUCAGACAACAUUAUUUGUCAUUGAAGUCAGAAGUGGCCUCCAUCGACAGAAGAAGAAAACGUUUAAAGAAGAAGGAACGAGAAAGUGUCACUGCUUCAUCUUCGUCUUCUUCACCAUCCUCUAGUUCCAUCACAGCAGCGGUCAUGCUUACCCUAGCUGACCCACCAGUGUCAAACUCUUCUCAAAACAAUGGGGUGUCACUUGAAUGCAGGUGACAGAAGGAAACUGGCCCUUUUCUCUCAGCGUUCAGCUAAUGCUCUUCAGCUGCUGGAAGGAAGGAGCAUUUUUUGAUAACUGAGGCACAAAUGUGUUUGGGGCAAAAAAAGAACUAAACAUGAGCACUAUUUUCUAUUUACAAUGGUUCCCUCGGCAAGUAAGCUCUGCACUUAAGUGCACUUUUAUGAAGGAGAAUAAAAAAUAUAACAGAUCUCUUGUAUUUUUUUUUCUUUUUUUUUUGUCUUCAAGCAAUAAUUGUUUUCAACUUGCUACAACUGAAGUGAAUUGCUACAGGAGAAAGUAACUCUUCAUGGAAUCAAUCCCUGCCAGUCCUCAUUUUUUCAAUGUUUUGUUUUUUGUGUAACCUGGUACCUGUAGCGUUAGAGCUCCAUCAUACAACAUACAGCUGAACCUGGGACUCUCUGUUUCACUUGCAACAGAUUCUUUUCUGUAUACAAAUAACCUAUUUCUGUUUAAAUAGACAAUUUCAGGGUCUGUUUGACCAACCCAUUAGUUACACAAUUAUCCAGGUAAUUCGUCAUUGACUAUGAAACUCCUAGCUAGUCAGGCUGCCUCUAAAGUAUUUUCCAGAGUUUUAAAGUAUUUCUAAUAAAACACAUAAGUACACAUGAGAAUUAAGGGGGGUAAUGGAUUUCAUAUUUUAUAAAAUAUCUUAAAGCCUUAACUUUAAUUACAUUGAUUUUAACUUUAACUGUGAGUUACAAUGGGAAUAAAUCUAAAUAGUUAAUGGAAGGCUAAGUUUGCACUCCCUUUAAGUAGAAGUAUAUUCAUGAAUAAAUAGGCCAACAGCUAUCAGAGGUAAAGGGAACAGAGUAUGGAAAGGCUGAAAAAGCUUUUAUUUUGUAAGAUUUGGAAUCCGAUAAAGCGUUAUCUCUUUGGUAACUAAUUUAAACUUUAAAUCAAAUUAUUAUUGAAAAAUAAAAGCAUUUGGUUGAAUAUUUGGUCCCUUUAGGUAAAAGGAUCUUCAUGUAGUGAAAAUUGUCACAGGUGAAAAGAAUGAGCAUUAAAGUUGAGAUGAAGAAUUUCUGUUUAGUAAAAUGUGAUAUAGUUCUGUUAUUAAGUUAUGCUUUUCUGAAAUUCAUUUCUUCUUACUUCAGUUUACAAAUUACUGUAUGAGCAGCCUAGCCUGCUGUGCACAUCACAUUUGCAUCAAGCUUUAAGAGGUUUAUAACGAAGAAGCAAACAAAAAGGAUAUUUUUUUUUUUUAUCUCAUUCUGUUUUCCUUUUGCUCAGUGUAAUGGUAUAUAUUAGUAUAAAGGAACUGAAGCAUUGCAAAUGCAGGCAACCUCCCUGCUGUCAUAUCUGGCCUUAUUACUGCAACUUUUUUGUAUGGAGUUUCAGUCACUCUGAGAUGAAUAAUAUAUUGAUUCUGCAUAAAAAAAUGACAUAAAGGUAAAUUUCAGUCUACUUUCUGCUUAUUGAUUUUUAUGUUCUGUGAUAUACUAAAGGUCUUUUCCCUUUGGCACUUGUAACUGUUUGCCUUUGUAAUACAUUUGUAUAUUGAAAGGUGUGUUGAAGUCAAAACUAUUUAAUAGCUUCCACUGUUAAUAUUAUGUACUUUUUUGUACAGACAGUUUUACUGUUUUAAUUGUAGUUUUGUGUUUAUUCUCAAAAAGAGAGAAGCAUGUAAAAAUAUAAAUAUAUAAAUAUAUAUAUUUAUGUGUGUGUGUGUGUGUAUGUGUGAGAAAUGAGCACAUAUAACAAUAAUUAUAUAUAAAAAUACAUGCAUAUGUGUAUGCUGACUGUAUACACAUAAUAUAGACACAUGAACACAGAGCUAACUCUUGCAAGCUGAAGCAUGCAUAUAAUGUAAUAUGCAUAAAUAUUAUAUAAAUUAUAUUUGUGUGUAUAUAUUAUAUAUGGAAGACAUGAAAGAAAAUGAGUCUGUGUAAAUAUAUAUGUUAUUUGUAUAUAUUACACACUCAUGCUUGCAAGUUUAUGUGUGUUAAGCGUGAGAGGGAAUUUAAUUUCCAUUAACAUUGGUUUGUCGGUUUUUGUGUGUCACAGAUCUUUACACAAACUUUCUCUUGGUAAAGAUGACUUUGUUUCCAUAGCUUGAGCUGUUUUGAGAUAAUUUCAGUCAAGGGCAGUUUUCAAAAAAGUAUUUUCAAACUUGUAUAUGGACUGUAAAGUUUUCUGGAUCUUCAAAUAAUGAAACAUCCUGCUAAAACAUUAAUGGGAGGGCACAAAGGGGUUGGUGUUGGUCUGGGAGAAAGAUGAAUAGUAUUUAUUAGGUUCUGCAGUGGGUGGAUAUUCUGUAAUUUAUUGUAAAAAUGUAAGCAAGGAAAAAAAAGCCUCUGUUUUAAAUAAAUGCCAUAGUUUGUGAA